CAGCGCCCGCGGCCCGAGGGGGCGUCCCAUGCUGACGGCUGCCUGCAGAGAUGUGACCCAGCCCCGGCGCCCAUGUGCGCCCCCGGACCCUCAGCGAGGGUGGCGGCCAGAGGGGCCCCGGCACCCGGCCUCCUGGCCCUGCUGUUCCUGCUGCUGGUGGCCGCGCCGACGGGACGAGCAGUUCCCUGUGUCUCUGGUGAUCUGUCUAAACCUACAAAUGUCACCUUCAUAUCCAUAAACAUGAAGAAUAUCCUACAGUGGAACCCCCCAGAGGGCUUACAAGGUGUGGAAGUUAGUUAUACUGUGCAGUAUUUCAUAUAUGGGCAGAAGAAAUGGCUGAAUAAAUCUGAAUGCAGAAAUAUCAGUAGGACCUACUGUGACCUCUCUGCUGAAACUUCUGACUAUGAACAUCAAUAUUAUGCUAAAGUUAAGGCCAUGUGGGGAACAAAUUGCUCCAAAUGGGCAGAAACUGGACGAUUCUAUCCUUUCUUAGAAACACAAAUUGGCCCACCAGAGGUUGCUUUGACUACUGAUGAGAAAUCCAUUUCUAUUGUUCUGACGGCUCCAAAGAAGUGGAAGAAAAAUCCAGAAGAAAGCUCUAUUUCCAUGCAACAAAUAUACUCUAAUCUGAAGUAUAAUGUGUCCAUAUAUAAUACUAAAUCCAAUAGAAUGUGGUCCCAGUGUGUGACAAACCACACUCUGGUCUUCAGCUGGCUGGAGCCGGCCACUCUGUACUGCGUGCUCGUGGAGUCCUUUGUCCCAGGCCCUCCUCGCCUCACUCAGCCCUCUGAGAGGCAGUGCGUCAGUACUCUCGAAGAUCAGACAACUGCAUUGGAGGUUAAAAUCAUCCUCUGGUAUGUUUUGCCCGUAUCUGUUACCGUGUUUAUCUUUUCUGUGAUGGGCUACUCCAUGUACAGAUAUAUCCAUGUCGGCAAAGAGAAACACCCAGCAAAUCUGGUUUUGAUUUAUGGAAAUGAAUUUGACAAAAGAUUUUUUGUACCUACUGAAAAAAUUGUGAUUAACUUCAUCACCCUCAAUAUUUUGGAGGAUUCUAAAACUUCUCCCAAGGGUAUAAGUGUAAUGGAGAAAAGCAGUGAUGCAUCAGACCUGAAUGAGCCCAUCGAGGACCAGGAACACCAUUGGGAGGAUGCGGAGGUGGAACACCUUGGUUAUGUAUCACAUGUGAUGGACAUCGUGUAUGACCUUGAGAAAAGCUCCAGAGGGGCUUCCUUAACCCAGCAAGAGCCACCCAGCAGAUCAAUGCCUAUGGGUAAAGCAGUCAUUGAAUAUGAAUAUGAUGUAAGAAGUAGUGACACUUCUGUGGGGUCUAGAGGACAGGAGUUCAAUUUGCAGGAGGAGGUGUCCCUCCAAGGAAAGAUGUUUGAGCAACAGGCAACUUCAGCAGACUUGGGUCCACAGACACUGCUGUAUUCAUAUACCCCUCAGCUCAGAGACUUGGACCAUCUGCGGCAGGAGCAUGCGGACACAGAGGAGGGGCCAGCGGAAGAGCCAUCCACCACGCUGGUUGAUUGGGACCCUCAGACUGGCAAGCUGUGUAUGCCUUCAUUACCCAGCUUUCAACAUGACCCAGAGGGAUGUGGGCAUCCUGAAUCUGAGGGGGUCGGGGAGGAGGGCCUCUUAUCUAGACUCUACCAGGAUCGGGCUCCAGACAAGGCACCCAAAGAAAAUGAAGCCUAUCUCAUGCAAUUUAUGGAAGAAUGGGGAUUAUAUGUACAAAUGGAAGAUUAACCCUCAAAUGUCCCUUUGCCAGACCUCUACUGUUAACAAAACGUCAGUCCAGAGAAGUGACCCAACAAUAAAGUACCUGAGCUAGAAGUUUGCUCAGAUUUCUGUGUCA